AUGGAGAGGGUUGCGGAUGAAGAUAUUACUCGUUGGUGCCAAGAGAAGGGAGUGAAUGUCAACUACAGCUUGAGUUUGGUUGGAAAUCUUUCCACCGUCAAGGAAGAAGAUGUAUUGAAAGUCAUGGGACAAAUUUAUGGGGUAAGUCAUCCCUGUAUUGUGGAUAAAAGGAGGGAGCAGAAUGGAGAUGUGUUCGCCAUGCUCCUCAGUGGUAAAGAAGUGUUGGACAGAACAUUAUUUCCCUGUAUGAUCAUAUUGGAACGGGGAUCAGGGAGGAAAAUUCAGAUACUAUGGCCGGAAGGACAAACGUACGAAGAUGAAGAGGCCACCCAAGGAGAUGAUCAAGGGGCAGGAGAACAUCUCCCUGGUGUUAAUUCCACAGGUUCCUAUAUUAUUCGAGAUGGAUUAGAGUCGGCAAAUAAACAGCGUUCCAGCUCAGAAACCCAGAUGGAUACUGUAGUGGACAAAGUUGUUAACCAUCUGGAGAGAUGGCACUUUGAAGGAGGAUAUCGUAGAUUGAGGAUAUUCUCGGGAAUUACUCCGGUACCAGCCGGGGAAGAAACCUACGAUAUGUGGAGGGAGGCUGCCAUCCAACAUUCUGAGGAAUGGCAAUGCCCGGAGCAUAUAAGAAAACAGAGAGUGGUGGAGAGUCUGCGUGGGCCUGCGAUGAGGGUGAUCCAGGCAACCCGGAGGAGCAACCCCCAUGCUACUUUAAGGGAAUAUAUUGAGGCUUUGGACUUCUCCUUUGGAACCCUGGAAGAUGUAGGAGAUCUAUUGGCCAGGCUGAACAGCACUUAUCAAGAUUACGGAGAGACGUUAACUCAAUUCAUUUACAGAGUGGACCGGUUAAUAUAUGCAAUUGUAGAUAAAGGAGGCCUCACAUCAGAUGUUGUGGAUGAGAGGCGAUUAAGGCAAAUAUUAAAAGGGGCUCUUACAAACAGUCCUAUAGCUCAAAAACUUCGUUGUACUAUGACUCCAGCUAAACCACCCACCUUGAACGAAUUAGUCAGAGAGGUCAAAUUGGAAGAAGUCCAAAUAGAAAAUCGGGAAAAGUCUAUUAAAAAGGUUAAAGUUGUAUUACCCACUGUAGAACCUCCUCCCGUGGAUGAAAGAUUAUUGAAGAUGAUAGAAGAACAGAAUAAGAAAAUCGACCAGCUUAUAGCUCUGCAGACUAGUCAACAACGAGCCCCCAAUAGGAUGUUGAGUUUAGGAAGAGGAGAUAGGAGAAGUGACUUUAGGAAUGCCUAUGAGUGCUACAGUUGUGGGCAGUUUGGACAUCGGUCAUUCGAAUGCCCCCUCAGGGAAUCUGUGAGGAGGUGA